GUGAGCAAUCUCCCAACUCAUAUUUGUACUAAUUCAUUUGGAGGUUAAAAUCGAGUUCAAUUAAUGUUCAUUCAAUACGAUGGCUAAAGAUUAUGACUUAAUUAAAACCAUAGAAGACGAUCAGGAGGUUACGGAUUUUUCGGAGAAAUCAGACAACGAAGAUGAUUUUCAGCCACAUAAACAUCAAAAAGCCCAGAAAAAGGAUUUUGAAAGUGAUUUCCAAUUCAUCGCCGAUGCAUCGGAAUACAAUCACGAUACUUGGAACGAUCUCAAUAAAUAUAUCAAACGGAAGGCAAAGACGAAACUUGAUGACAAGAUUAAGAAAUUCCGAAAGGAGGACAAUGAAAUUAUAAAUGUAGAAACUGCAAGUCAACUAGAGUAUGGAAAUGAAGAGGAUGGUAUUGUACUUUCUGAUGAUGAAUUAAAAAAAGAUUUAUUCAAAACAAAAGAAAGUAAAGUAAAAAAGAAAGUUAUAAAUAAAGAAGAGAAUCUCAUGGAUUUUGAAAAAUGUGAAGAAUAUGAUGAUCAUGCCUCCUUUUAUCAAAUGAAUUUAUCUCGACCGUUGUUGAAGGCAAUAACGUCAAUCGGUUAUGUGCACCCAACUCCAAUUCAAGCAGCCACAAUUCCAGUUGCAUUGAUGGGCCGUGACAUAUGUGGCUGUGCAGCUACUGGAACAGGAAAAACAGCUGCAUACAUGUUACCGACCUUAGAAAGAUUAUUAUAUAAGCCUGUUGAUGGACCGUCUGUAUCAAGAGUUCUUGUUCUUGUACCAACACGAGAAUUGGGUGUACAAGUUUAUCAAGUUACUAAAGAACUAUGUAAGUUUACAACGAUUGAGGUUGGACUGUCCGUUGGAGGCUUGGAUGUCAAAAUACAAGAAACAAUUUUAAGAAAGAAUCCAGACAUAGUAAUUGCUACACCUGGACGCUUAAUCGAUCAUUUGGCCAAUACACCGACGUUUUCAUUGGACAAUAUCGAGGUGUUAAUUUUGGAUGAAGCUGACAGGAUGUUGGACGAAUAUUUUGCUGAGCAGAUGAAACAUAUCGUUAAGCAAUGUUCAAGAACUAGGCAAACCGUUUUGUUCUCAGCUACCAUGACCGAAGAAGUAAAAGAUUUGGCUGCUGUGUCUCUUGAUAAGCCAGUUAAAGUGUUUGUAGACAGCAAUCAAGAUGUUGCUUGUAAUUUAAGGCAGGAAUUCAUUCGUAUUCGGAAGGAUAGGGAGGGAGAUCGCGAGGCAGUAUUGGCUGCCUUAAUUUGUAGAACAUUCCAUGAUCACACCAUGGUGUUCGUUCAGACAAAAAAACAGGCUCAUAGACUCCACAUUUUACUAGGUUUGCUUGGAGUAAAGGUUGGAGAGCUGCAUGGCAAUCUAACACAGCCUCAGCGGUUAGAAAGUUUGAGAAAAUUUAAAGAUGCAGAGAUAAAUGUAUUAUUGGCCACUGAUGUUGCAGCCAGAGGUUUGGACAUUAGCGGAGUAAAAACUGUGAUCAACUUUGUGAUGCCUCCCACGAUGCAACAUUAUAUUCACAGAGUUGGAAGAACAGCUCGUGCGGGUCGAGUUGGGGUCUCUGUAUCCUUAGCUGGAGAGCAAGAAAGGUCUCUGGUAAAAGAAAUUAUUAAACAAGCUAGGAAUCCUGUAAAAAAUCGGGUAAUACCCGUGGACAUUAUUGAGAAGUAUAACGCUAAAUUACAGUCGCUCGAGGCGAGCGUAGAAAAUAUCCUACAAGAAGAAAGAAAUGAACGAGAAUUAGCCAAGUUAGAGAAUCAAGCCAAUAGAACUGAAAAAUUACUUAAAGGCGGCAAUGAUAAGAAUCAGAGAAGUUGGUUCCAAAAUACUAAAGAAAGGAAACAAGAAAAGGAAAGAUUAACCCUAACUGAGAAACAGCCGAAGAAUAAAGGUAACAAACAGAAGGAAAUGAAACCUCCCAAUUUGGUGGAGGAAUAUGCCAAAUCCAAGAAAAGGAAAAAGAAGGCGCUACACCAAGAAACAGCUGACGAUAGAGCAGCCAGAGAAUUGGAAAAGGUGGCAGCUUAUCAGGCAAGACUAGCCAAGAAGAAAAACAAGUUGAAGAAGAUCAGAACAGUUGUUGACAUCGAUUAUCGCGCAUCGAAGGGAGGAUCACUGAAGAGGAAGAAGUCAUCUUUUGUCGAUGAUCUGACUGAUAUAAGUAGAAAAGGCGUCAAGAGAAUGCGUCACGAGGCCAAUGACAAGAGGAAAGAAAAAUCGACUAAAUUCGCUCGCAGAUCCAGCACAGGGAAGAGUAAAAACGUCCAAAAGGCGCCUUUCAAGAAGCGUCAAAAUCGUUCCGGCAUUUCGAAAAAGAAAAUUUAGCUAUGAGGCUAUCGAAACACAGUACAUUGUUUAAUUCUUGAUAUCCUUACAGAGAGGAGCACUUUUGUACAAAUUAAACGCGUUCCUGUGGGAUUGUAA